AUAGAAGCUCACAGAUACACACACACACACAUACCCAUCCCAUGCUUGCUAUUUCUGGCUAGCGUCCCGGUUACCAGCAUUAUCAAAGUCUCUGGAUCUCUCACCGCUUGUUUUUCCCUUCUGCUCUCUUCCCAGCUUGAACAUAGUUAGAACUUCAACCCAUAAAGCAACAGUCGACAUGGAGGAUACAACUUUGCAGAUAAUUGAGCAGCCCACCACCAUUGAGACUCCUCCAGAGGAGCCAGCAGAGACAGAGCCCAUCAAAGCAGACCAAAUAAAUGGUGUCCUGGUGUUAAGCCUGUUGGAUAAGAUCAUAGGUGCAGUGGACCAGAUUCAACUGACCCAAACCCAGCUCGAAGAAAGGCAGCAAGAGAUGGAAAAUGUAGUGGGCAGCAUCCAAGGUGAGCUUACCAAGCUGGCCAAGUCCCAUGCGACCACCAGCAACACGGCCAGCAAACUGCUCGAGAAAGUGAGAAAGGUUAGCGUCAACGUCAAGACAGUGAGGCAGAACCUUGAGAGACAGGCAGGACAGAUAAAAAAGCUGGAAGUAAACGAGUCCGAACUCUUGAGACGCAAGAACUUCAAAGUCAUGAUCUACCAGGAUGAGGUGAAGUUGCCUUCCAAAUUGAGCAUCAGCAAAUCUGUCAAAGAUACAGAGAAGCAGGAGGUAGAAGGAGAAGAACAACCAAAAGAAAACAAAGAAGAAGAUGAAGAGCACAUACAACUGUCAUCCGAUGAGGAAGUGGAAUUAGAAGAGAUUAUUGAGGAGUCCAGAGCUGAACGUAUAAAAAAGAGUGGAAUGCGGCGGGUUGAUGACAUUAAGAAAGCUUUUUCCAAAGAGAAGAUGGAAAAGACCAAAGUUAAGACCAAAGAGAACCUGGAGAAGACCAAGCAGAAUCUGGAGAAGACCAGGCACAACAUAGAGAAGAGAAUGACCAAGCUGGGAACCAAGAUAGUGACAAACGAAAGGCGGGAGAAGAUGAAGACCUCUAGGGACAAGUUGAAAAAGUCCUUCACACCUGACCACCCUGUCUAUGCCCGCUCCAAAACAGCAGUCUACAAGGUGCCCCCAUUCACUUUCUAUGUUAAGAAGAUCAGAGAGGGUGAAGUUGAGGUCCAGGCAACAGAAAUGGUGGAAGUUGGCGGGGAGGGUGAUGAAGAAGGAGGGGAAGGAGCUGAGUUGUUGAGAGGAGAAAGUCCCGAUCCCCAUGCUCUUCUGCAAAUCACCGAGGACACUGAUGCUGUGUUGGCUGAGAGAAGUGACAGCGACUAGAGAGGGAGAAUUCUGUUCCCUUCAAAUGGACAGCUAUAAUUGUUAUCUUUCACAUUUCAAACCAAUUUUAUUUCCUUUCUUUUCAUAUACACACAUUUUUCUUCUAUAUAUUUGAAGCUUUUAAAAACACAAUUACAAAGAAGAUAAAAAUACAUAUAACCAUAUUUCUGCUUAGCAGGUCACACUAGCAGAUAUAAAAAAUAAAGCUAAUUUUGUGUAUGACAUAUGUAAUCACAUCACAGCUUUUCUAAUUUUCUUUCUCUGUGGGUCUUAUCAGCAAACUAUACUUGGUCACCCAAAGAGUUACCCGGAUCAUGUUUAGCAAGUCAUAUUAAUGUAAUCCCUUCUGGAAAUAUACGUAAGAUUAGUAUUGCUUCGGGGAUGCUAGCUAAAUAGUCUAUUCAACAAACUAUUUAAAUUACCGGUAUUUCAGUCAAAGAAUAGCAUCAUUAGUAUGUCUUGGCAAGCAAGAACUGUGGGGUUCAGGUGCCGGGGCUUUUGGUCAAUCUUAAGAUGUCUUUUUGUAAGUUUAAUAGCAGUUAUGUUGGUUUCAUUGCCAUCAUACCUGAUAAAAAAAAAAACAAGAAUACUAUGUAGAUCACUCUGUCUUUGAGACAAUAACCAAUCGCCAUAUUGCUCAAUAUGCCAUAAACAACCACUUCUUUAAUUAUCUGUCUUACUGGUGCAUCAGAAAUGAGUGUACGAUUUGAUUUCUUAGGUCAUUGGCCCUUUACAUAUCUAUGACAAAGGCUCCAUACAACUCUCUUUGUAGAAUGCUUUGGACAACCACCAACACCAGCAUUGUAUUAAAAAUAAGAAUAUAAUUAAUAAUGUGUCAUUGUAUAAUGUUCCGUGGAAAGAGACAUUGACAAGGUAAAGGUAAACUGAUUAAGGAAUGUUACUUAAGUACUCACAGUAUGUACUUACGCUGUUUUGUGCAGAGAAUCUAAAUUGAGCAAAGUGCCAGAAAAAUAAUUAAAAGAAAGUGAAUUGGAAAGAGUACUCAUACUAAUGGAGAUCAAUUCAUGUGAGCACCGAUUAAGGAGAGAAAGAGAUGGUUUCAGGGAUUUGCUGCCAGAAGACAAAGUAGAGGUUAAUACAGCAAGACCACUAUGAUGGGUAGGAGACCAAGCAUAAUAUAAGUGUGAUUAAACUGGACAAUAUUUAAGGGUUAAAAAAAAGUAAAUAUGUGGAAGAAGUUAACCUGUUGUAAAUUCUUGUUUGGUGAAAAUAAGAAUCUUCUCCAGAAGGCAACAUCAUCUCUUGGGGUGCAGUUUUAUUCUUCUAAAUUAUAGCUAAAGUUUCCAUUUUUCUGAUAUAAACUUUAUAUCAGAUACCCGUACUAUCAGAAUUAUUUUGAUGUAGGUUAUGUAGUUACCUAAUAAUACCUGAAAAGUCUUAUGUUCAAUUCUGGGUACUAAUCUCUACUUUCUCUGCAGAAAGACUGAUUGAAAAUUAAGUUUUAAAAAAUUUCCAUUGAAAAUGAGCUUGUUGAUAUUGAAAUAUACCAGGUAACGGGCAAGACCCAUUCUACCUGUAAACUUAUUACACUUUCUGUAAAAUGUAUAUUGCAAAACCCCUAUGGGUCAUAUAUCUGGUAAGAGACAGUAGGAGGUUUAUGGCUUGAUGUUGUGUUAACCUUUUGGCUGCCAGAGGGAUACAUAACACAUUUCAAUUGUCCUCCUUGUCUAAUUGUAACCAGAUUAAACACAAUUUUUUGCCUUGCA